UGUGUGAAUUUGAUUUGAUUUUGUAAAUGAAAAAAUUGGUAAAAUCUGUGUGUCAGUUUGUAAAUCCAUUUUUGUAGUGCGUCUAAUCAAAAAGAAAAAGUAGUUUUAGUUUACUUGUGAUACAGAUUUACAGCUUUUCACUGGAUCAGAACAGCCUCAUGAUUAUACAACAUGGACGAGCCCUCCACAAGCGGAUCACCACCAUCCACCAGCGUCGUCGUCCCCGAGUCUCCGGGGAGCCCCAACUUAUUAGAUCCUCCUUCCCCGGACAGUCCGGGCCUGGGCUCCCUUCUACGACUUGAUACCAACCCGGAAAUCUUCGAGCAACCGGAAGAUGAGUACAGUAACAUAGGAACAGAUUCAGGCCCAAUCAAUUUCAGUGAAAGCAGCCGAAGUAACUGGAGGAGGCUGGAUGACGAAAACUCCAACUCAGCUUUACCACACAGUUCCACUAAUGAAGACAGCAAUAGCACAGCCAUACAGUCUAUGAAUGAGGAGUCUAACAGCAUGCUGUCUAUACCUGAAGCGCAGGUCAGGAAAAGUGACGAUCACUCCGACGAACCCCCCAGCAAAGUUAGGAAGAUUUCGUCGCCGAAAACGGACGAUAUGGACGGAGAAACGUGCCCCAUUUGCUUAGAUUCGUGGGGCAAUUCUGGGGAUCAUAGAUUGGUUGCGUUAAAAUGCGGUCAUCUGUUCGGUUCGCAGUGCGUCGAGCGUUGGUUGAAAGCGCAAAUAUCUAAAGACAGAUCGUGUCCUACCUGCAAAAGUAAGGCCCAUUUAAAAGAUCUAAGGCACAUCUAUGCUAGACGCUUGGUAGCUGCAGACACGUCGCAAGUAACGACGCUGCAGAAUCAAAUUCAUACGCUUCAAGCAGAGAAGAGCCGAGCGGAAUUGGAUCUCCAAAAGUCGAGGAUAGCCCACCGAGCCUGCCUCUUACAACUCGAAGUGCUUAGGAGCACUUUGAUGAAGUGCCAAGUGGCGAAAGAACCGCCCGUUCGCAGAUCCUUCAGGUUCGCUUUGGAGAAAAACUUGGAGAUAUCCAGAGAAGGUGGCUGUCGGGUGAUGACGUACAACUGUCGCUCGUACGAACUAUACGUCUCUCAAAAGAGCACAAAUACUUUAUUCCCAGGCUUUGGGAUAAGAAAAGUCAGCUGCGUCGACUACAAAUUGGGGCAAUUCGUGCAUUUGCACCCGAAACCUAUCAGGGACAUAACGUAUUCUCAACGCAGAGACCUUCUUUUGAGCGUUGGCUUAGACAGCACUGCUAGAAUCAUGGAAAGAGGCAAUGCCUGUAUGACAGUCAAUGCUGGCUUCCCUCUAUGGUCUUGUUCAUGGGACUACAUGAGAACCAACGAGUUUUACGUCGGCGGCGUGGGCGGGGUUAUCCACCAAUACGACGUGAGGAACUCCAGUACUUAUAUGCAGAGAUUAUCAGCUCCCAGUGAUAUUUCCCCUGUUGUAUCCUUGUGUUCUACUGAACAUGGGUUGUUGUCCUGUCAGUUGAACUCUUGCUGGCUGUGGACGUCGAAUAUGAGGCAGUGGGAACCCCGCACUAUACCCAUUGAUGGUCCUUUUAUGUCCUUGUGCUACGACAAUGAAUCCCACAGAGCGCUAAUUUCCUGCAGAUCAGGAUUGGCGACUUCUGAUCGCUCCAGGCUUACGCUAUGCAAACUGAGAAGUAGUGUGCCUAGCGGAGAGGUGUUGUUCGAUGUGGAGCAGACUUUAAACGGCUCUGCGAAGUCUUCCAUUAUGUCUCGAGCCGCUUGGGUGAAAACUACGGGUGCGUCGUGGGUGGCUGCCCAUUCUGAGAGCGACUCGAUGUUGUACCUUCACGGUUUGGACGGAGCUAGGAGUAUAUCACUGUUAGCAGCGGAACCAGCUCUAGAUGUGUGUUCGGCACAAAUAAAUGGUGACACAAUUGUAGCCUCGCUGUCUGAAUCCAGACUUAGGUUGUACAAAUCUGUGGCAAUGAACUCAUGAUAUUAACUUGAACUUAGUGCUGUGAUUAUGUGUGAAUCGGUGCAGUGAACUGAAAUUGAUACUUCUGUUGUUUUGAAGCAUGCUAUUGAUGAACAGUUUAGUUUUAUAGUACCCAUGGACCUCUAAUCUAGGGAGAAGACUUUUAAAAAUUAUGGUACGCCAAAGUGGCUGGCCCAUUUUGCUACGAACUCUCACGCACAUGUCACGAAAACCUAUCUUACGGGCAUCUAACCAUAUUGCUUUGGGGCUUUUUCGGGUCGCUCGAAGCUAUACAAAUAAGCACAAAAGCACGCCCGGUGCACGAAAAAAUAUCGUUCAACCCAUGGAUAUACCUUUUUUUUAUAGGUUUCAUAGUUUAACCAGUUUACCCACUUUUAAUAGUUUAAGUCUGCUAGGAUUUUACCAAAAUAAUGUACAAACAUUAAAACAAUUUGUAAUCUCAAAAUCGGAAAAGAACCACUGCCAAAGUAAAAUAAUGCUGCCUGAUGCCUCGUAGAAUAACAAUUAGAAAUAAAUACCUAAUUUUUAUGACCCAGGACCGAUUACACCGAUAGAUUUUUGUUUUGUAUUGUCUCUAAAUUGACGUUGAUGUGAUUUAAACAUUCAAGGCCCUUUCUGAAUAAAGUUUUUUGUUUAAAAUAAAUAACUAUGUAUUCCCGGAAUCCCGAACAGUAAAAAACAUUACAAUUUAUUUCCUAGCUUUAUUAAUGGCAGUAGAAAUAGGAAUUUAUUAUUCAACCACUGUUAAAAACAUUUAUGUACAUUUGUUUUUAGUGAUGUUAUACGUAAAUUCCUAUUUAUAUCACUGCCUGUAAAGCUGGGAAAUAAAUUACCGUGUGCUUACUAGCAAUAAAAUGAAGUUAUUCUGUGAUAGAUCA